AGUUUACGCGCGGGAAAAUUAUCUGUCAUUCGACAUUCGCCAAUUGACAGCGCGGCAACGCGGUUGCGCUAACGGUUUUGCAAAAAGGUUGUAUAUACCUAAUUUAUGUUUUGUGAUAGUCAAGUGAAUGGGUGUAUAACCAGUUGCUGAGUUGUUUUCCUACUUGAAGUAAUAAACGAAGGAACAUGGACAUCGAGAACGCGAAUUGCAAAGCGAAGCUGUCAGAAUGCGUGCACAAUAUACAACUAGAUGAUAUAUCAAUUGAAAGGCCAUUAAAAGUAGACGUACAAAUCACAGGACUCGAGAGAUUACUAGAAGAACUGCACAGGGUGUUCUCCAAGAACCAUGUCAAUAUACAGGAUGUUCAGAAACUGAUGCUUAGUUACAAAUCGGACCCUAAAGAUUGGAGGAAGUACGCGAAAUAUGAUCGUUUUAGGUAUACUCGCAACCUGGUAGAUGCUGGAAAUGGCGCCUUCAACAUCAUGGUGCUUUGCUGGGGACCAGGUCACGCAUCAGCUAUCCAUGACCAUGCUGACUCCCAUUGUUUUAUGAAGUUACUCAGUGGCAACUUGGAUGAAGUCAGAUACGAUUGGCCGGAAAACGUUCAACCGGAAGUUGUGAAAAAAUUAAAACGGAAACCGACGAGACGUUGCUGUUCCGAAAGCGAAGAUUUAACCGAUGACAUGAGGAGAAUGGGCGCCAAGUGCCCCAACGGCAACUGUAACAGCAACGUCACGAAUGACACUGACAUCCGUCAAAACGACGGCGGUCAGUUUGAUAGCUGUCAGAAUGGUAACGGUGACGUUGACGGCUCUCAGAAUGGCGGGAACAUUGGCAAGCCGAAUUGCGAAUACACAGACGGUUAUGACAUUGAGAGCAUGAAGGAGACCGGUCGCACGAGACUGGAAGUCAAUGAUGUUUGCUAUAUCAAUGACGCCCUCGGCCUCCACAGGAUGGAGAAUCCGUCACACGUGGACGGCGCCGUGUCGUUACACUUGUAUUGUCCUCCGUUCGACAGUUGUCGCGUUUUCGACGCAAGAACUGGCAAGCCCACUGAAGUUAAAGUGACCUUUUGGUCCAUGUAUGGAAAGAAGAUUAAGAGGGUGAUGGAAGCCAACGAAAUAGCUGACAGUCAACAAUAGCCUGCUGUGAAGAAAUCUAUUUUAUUAUUUAAAUUAUUACACGUGCAGUGAACUUAUUUUAUUUACUAUAUUUUGAUAAGUACGAGAUUAUUUUUAGUGAAUUUUACAUUAUAUUGCAAUAAAUAUUUUUAUCUUUAUU